CUUUUGGCACAUCUUUCAGGUCUUUGGUUGGACUUAAUUAGAAUUUUGUUGCACAAGCAGCUUACUUUGUGAUUUAAUUUAGCCCUUUACAAACUGAAUUUUGCAAUUGCUCAAUUGCACUUGGACAGGAACUUGAACUGAAAAACCCCAAAACAGGUUGUUGCUGCAUUCACUUAUGCAAAAGAGAAACCUCAAAGAGUUUUCUGUGUAUUGGACAAUUAACUGUAGAUCUAAUGUUAACAAGCAAGGGGAUGAAUGUAAAGAUGUGUAUUGUUAUUAGCCACGAAAUUACAACACUUUAAAAAUACAGUAUUGCAUUGUAUUGCGAGUGUCCCCGUAUAUUAGCUCGCCAAGAGCCACCUUGUUGUCCUGUAAUCAUCUUUUAUUCUUUGCCGUGCCACACCUUUCUGUUGCACUGUUCCAUUUCGUUCUUCCAGAUCUUCCUUUCGGUCUCCACUCUGUCCUACCUCUUGUCCCAUUGCACCCUCUCAUUUCUGUAUGCUCCACUCUCUUCUUGGUCUUCUUGUCUCAUCCAUAAAUUCAUCUGCUAUCCUUCUCCCCAUUGGCCUCAUUCCUCUAUUGAUAUCUUUGGGGUGGCUGUUUUUCUUUGUUAGUGAGUUUUUCUCAAACUCCACUGUUCACGCUGGCGGGCACCAUUCCAUCUAAAGGAGAGGAGGACUUUCUAACGCUUGCUGCCUCCCGGCUCAGCCGCCGCAAGCGUGUCAUAGGAGCGGCCGUGGGUGUGGCCAUGGUUCUGAUUCUCCUGGUCACCAUUCCUUUACUGGUCCACAACACUAAAGGAGGAGGAGCUGGCAGUGCGGGAAGUCAUUAUGAAAUGCUAGGAAGUUGUCGGAUGGUUUGUGACCCCUACACCACUCCUCAUGGCCAGGAGCUAACGGCUGUAUCACCCGCACCUGCUGAUUUUCCAAACCGGAGAGGGAAAUCUGGCUAUCGGGGACCUCCGGGGAUCCCGGGACCGCCUGGUCCACCUGGAGAACCUGGAAAGCCAGGUCCGCAAGGGCCCCCGGGUCCUGGGCCUGGCGGUUAUGUGCCGUCGUUCUACAGCCCUAAGAUUGCAUUUUACGCAGGCCUGCGCAAGCAACAUGAAGGCACUGAUGUGCUGAAAUUUGAUGAUGUGGUGACCAAUGUUGGCAACUACUAUGAGCCCAGCACUGGAAAGUUCACAUGCCCUCUGCCUGGUAUCUACUUCUUCACUUACCAUGUCCUGAUGAGAGGAGGAGAUGGGACCAGUAUGUGGGCAGACCUCAAGAAGAACGGACAGGUGAGGGCCAGCGCUAUCGCCCAGGAUGCUGAUCAGAAUUAUGACUACGCCUCCAACAGUGUGAUCCUGCAUUUAGACGUGGGAGAUGAGGUCUGUGUGCAGCUGGACGGAGGGAAAGUCCACGGAGGAAACACCAACAAAUACAGCACUUUCUCUGGCUUCCUCAUCUAUGCUGACUGACCUGCUCGUGAUGCUGCUCAACACACUCAGAUAUACUGUGUACAAACACACACACACUCACUCAUACAGUUACCUUCACACACUGAACAGGCUUGAAAGAAAUGGACAUGGUUUAUACUGAGUCGAAGGGCCUCACAGAUGAUGGCAACCAAUUCCUUACAUAAAGCAGAUUUCCAACAUGCUGCUUGUAUGUGUGUAAAUUAUAACUUACAUUAUACACUACUCCCAAACGUAAAUUAAAAUGCAUAAAUAUAUGUUUAUAUCUAUCCUUGACAGUGACACACUCAUAUUUUAAUGUGUGUACUUGUUGGUGUACUUGUCUCCAUUUUGUGUGUCAAUCAAAACCUUGAGAUUCAAAGUCACUCUCUAUAGUCGACAUGCUUUAUGUUGAGCUGAGCUGCAUUUACACAUGGCUAGACUUGAAACAAAAUCAGUGCGUAUAUACGUUUCACUCAAUAGAUGCAGCCGUAGCUCAUUACAGGCACGUAUAUAUGCGUACACACACAGAGCAGGGCUAGUGAUUAAUCUAAGUCCUCUUGUUCAAUUCAUUUGACUGUUUUGGCUGUCUGAAUUGGAAAUAUGGCUCAUAACAGUAUGGAUUUUCACUCGCUCUAAUAUUAAUAUAUCGAUUUAGACAUUAGACUCUUCAAUAUUCAAAUUUAAACCAAUAUGUGCGAGUACAAUAUGUUUUAAUCAUGUAAAUUAAUAUGAUUAUUUAAUACAUUUUAAAGGGGAUGAUGUUGUACUCAUCUGUGUAAGUCUAAUAAAAUAUAAUACAAUGUAAAACUAAAUAUUCCAUUCUUGACAAUGAAUUAUUCUUUUAUAUCUUAUCAGCAUUAU